AUGGAGGACAUGCAGGAGUUCAGGGUGCAAAAGAGGGAGAAAGAAGAUGCAGCAUCACAGAAAAGCAUCCCCCGACCGAGCAAACCCCUUGCUCGGCCCAACGAGAAGAAAAUGCCCAAGUUCACCACGUAUACCCCCUUGGUCGUUCCCCGGGCGAAGAUCUUGCAAGAGGCCUUCAGUGCCGACUCACUUCCAGCGUCCAGAAAGAAGCCCCCACCUCCCGAUGCCGAUGGCAGCAAGCACUGUCAAUACCAUCGGACUAUCGGUCAUACCAUAGAGGGGUGCCAUACACUCCGCGACAAGAUUAAGGAGCUGAUUCGCCAAGGGCACCUGAAGAAGUACAUUCAGCAGGACCACCCUCAGCGAAGCCCGGUCAGGAACAAAAGCCCAGCACGAAGGCAGGCCCCAGCCAAGUGGGAGAAGCGGCGAGAGCGAGAGCCCGAUAGGCGAAGGAGGGAGCCAUCUAGGGCACACCGAAGCCCGAGGAGGAGCCGUAGUUGGAGUAGAGACAAACCCUUGAGGGGUUACAUCAACAUCGCCGAAGGAGGAUCGAGCUCAUCUGCUCGAAAGAGGUAUGUCCGGGCGCUCAAGUCGGUCCACUUGGAGGAGAAGAAGGUGCGAUCGAUGCCCCCUAUCACCUUCACCGACAAGGGCUUCAAAGCCCCAAAUCUCGAUCAUGACGACCCGAUGGUCAUCUUCAUCGAAGUAGCGGAGUAUGGGAUUAGGAAAGUCCUGAGGAUGAACUUGUCUGAAGACCUGAUUGUACCCUACAAUGAACAAAUCAUCGGAUUCUCAGGCGAGCGGGUAGACACGAGGGGCUACCUGGAUCUCCGCACCAGGAUCGGGUCACGGAAGGACGGUCGGGAGGUAAGGGUUAGAUUCCUUUUGGUUGAAGCUAACACUUCCUACAAUGUCUUGCUAGGAAGACCUUGCCUGAAUGCCUUCGGAGCGAUCGUCUCCACCCUACGCUUGGCCAUGAAGUUCCCGUCAGAUAGGGGAACGAUAUGCACCAUGCACGCGGACCAGCAGAUCGCGAGGCAGUGCAAUGCAGUUGGGUUAAGGAUCACCAUUUACAAUCGCCCCAAAAAACAGCACCGAUCGGAAGUCGCCAGGACUAAUCUGGACCACCAAACGAACACUGAGCAUUAG